CCACCCUACUUUCAGUUUGUUUAGUAAAUCGAUCUAAUGACAACCGAAGCCGGCACCAUCCAAUGUGUCGCUCAAUGAAUUAUAGGCCCAUAGCUCUCCUUUCCAACCCUCCGUGUGUUGUUGCAACUACUCGCCCACGACUCUCUCAUUUCGUGUGGUGACAAGGGGGACAAGUGUCCAAACUGGUGGCUAGUUUACAGGUGGACUAGCGUCCUGUUGGAUUAAUGCACAUCGCUGACGGACCAAGAGAAAGACAGUAUGCCAGCGGAGCCGGGCCUGUCCCAGGCAGAUGUAGUGAACGGUAACUGUGCUAUCUGUGGAGACAAAGCUACAGGGAAACACUAUGGAGCCUUCAGCUGUGACGGAUGUAAAGGUUUCUUCAGACGCUCCAUACGCAAGAACCACAUCUACUCCUGCAGGUUUAACCGUCAGUGUGUGGUCGACAAGGACAAGAGGAACCAGUGUCGGUUCUGCAGGCUCCACCAGUGUUUCAGAGCUGGCAUGAAGAAAGAAGCGGUUCAGAAUGAAAGAGAUCGUAUCAGCUCCAGAAGAAGCAUUCAGGACAAUCAGGAUCUCCUACCUAUCACUGUUCUGGCCCAGGCGGAGUCCCUGUCUCAACAUAUCAGUGCAUCCAGUCCCAGGGGUGCAGUAGAUGUGUCAGAACAGAAGUCAGCUGGUAUGGGGGAUGUCUGUGACUCCAUGAGACAACAGCUGCUUGUGUUAGUGGAAUGGGCCAAGUACAUUCCUGCCUUCGGAGAGCUGCCCCUGGACGACCAGGUGAGUCUGCUCAGAGCUCAUGCAGGGGAACACCUUCUACUUGGGGUCGCCAAGAGGUCAAUGCCUUAUAAGGACUUCCUGCUCCUUGGUAAUGGGUGUGUGAUCCAUGGUAGCAGUGCAGAGCCAGAGAUCGGUCGUGUCCCUAACCGUAUUCUAAGUGAGCUGGUCCUGCCCUUCCAGAACAUCCAGAUAGACGACCAUGAGUAUGCUGCUCUCAAGGCACUCGUCUUCUUUGACCCUGAUGUCAAGUCUCUGUGUGACCCGUCUAAGAUCAAAGCGAUGCGUCUGCAGGUCCAGAUGAGUCUAGAGGACUAUAUUAACGACCGUCAGUAUGACUCCAGAGGGAGGUUUGGAGAGCUGCUGCUACUGCUGCCUACUCUACAGUCCAUCACCUGGCAGAUGAUAGAACAACUGCAGUUCGUUAAACUCUGUGGCCUGGCCAAGAUAGACAACCUACUGCAGGAGAUGCUGCUGGGAGGUCUGGCAUCAGAGCCCGCCCACCUGCACCAAUCAGGCCACACCCAGUUAGCCCAGGACCCUUUGACUGGACACACUCUGGUCAUCAGCGCCAUGCCUGCUACACACACUUCUCAGAUAGCGUCUCCAGACACUCCUAUCCCGUCUCCUCCUCAGGGUCCAUAGAUUAUCAAGUCAACUUCAAGCCCCUCCUUCCUGCUGGAUCCGCCUCCCACAAAGACAUACUACUCCCCCUCCCCCUGAGUGUACAGCACCCGACCCGCGAAUAACAACUACAAAAAACUACAGAAAGUCUGUUCGAUGGGAAAAAUACUCAUUUGAGAUAUACAUUCCAUGCGUAACUCGUAAAUCAUGCAUUCAAAUGGUAGUGGCAAAACUUGAGUUUGCCCUAUGUGUGUAAAGGUGUAAAAUAUUUGAUGUUUUCAACCCUAUUUAGUGCCAUAGGUUUUCACUCCAGUUUGGUAGUCUAGAAAUGGAGUAAUCUGUGUAAAUUGUAACAUCUAUAAAUCAUUAGAUUAUUCCUAGUCUCUGAGCCUCUGUUAUCAUGGUGUAAAUGACAGUAUGUAUUUAAGCUCUCCAUAGGCUCAUUAUUGAAGAUAGAGUGAGAGAUUUGCUAAUCACCGUGUGUGUAUAUUAUAUACAGUAUGUGUUUCUCAAAGCGAUAGGACUGUGUCUGCAACACAUGAUGUUCACGUGUUGCCAUGUUGCUUGUGGUGUGAUGCUUUACUGGAGCAUAAUGUAUUUGUCCAAAAUAUAACUAACUAUAUAUUUAGUUCUUAAUCAAUUCUGCAGUGGCUUUUAGUCUUUUGAGAUUACUGUUAUGAUAUGAUAUUAUAUGAAAACUGUCAAAUUUGGUGUUUAAAUUCAGUUGUAUUUGUCAAAUGAAUCUUAUUGAACUUCUUUAGACUGUCAAAUGGUGUAUACACGUUAGACAAUGUAAGCUGUGUAUUGUGAACACUAUUUUCAUUGAAUUGUAGCCUCUGCUUUUGUCUGCUUUUGCAUGAACAUGGCCAUAGUUAUGAAAAAAUACAGAGGUAAUAGAAGUAACCCAGCAACCACGUUGUCCCAUAACAGAGAAAUGAAGGAUACUGGCUCCCCCAUGUGGUUUGUUUAGAAAUAUCAAUUCUGUAAUCACUAGAUGGUCAAGGUGUCAAUAUGGUCAGAGAGGAUGAGAAAGUAUGUGAGGUAUUUGUUAUUAAUGAAUGAUAUAGAUAUGUUCCAUAUUUCAUUUCCUCCAUGACCUUUCCCCCGACUGUUCCUAUACAUGUUCUAUUGGUCUGGGUUAUGUGGUGUGUGUCCAUGGCUGGAUUGGUCUGGGUUAUGCUCUGUUUGUUGAUGUGAGUUCAGUGAAAGCUCAUUUUGCACCCUCAUCUAAAUGAAAAUGAGAAAACACAAAAAUUGUCUAGAAAUAAAUUUGCCUCCAUAUGAACCCUA